UCUCACACAGGCUUGACUUUCUUCUAAAGGAUCGUUCGGUGUGGUGGUAGUAGUGUACUCGCGAAUUAGCCACCAUAAUGGAAAGCGAUCCCUCCCUCCAAGAUCCCCUUCUUGCCCUUCGCCGCGCUAUUGCGGCCGGCAGUCUUCCCACGCCGACGACCUCCUCCGACCCUUCAGAUCAGAAUGCUACCGACAACCUAGCUAAAGCAACACACCUUUUCUUUCGGAAUCCGUCGCCGCAGACUAUCCCAUUGAAUGCACCAACGCGUUUCUUCUCAAACGCCUCUGACUCCGCUGUCGACCUCCGCAGUAUCUUCUUCGCUUGGCAGAAGAAAGAUGUCGCAAUUCCGGAUUACAUUGCCUCAGCACAGGAAUUGAAUGAGUCGCUAAAGCAGAAGGAACGCAAGGAAGGAGAGGAGGAAGAACAAGUGCAAAACCUGGUUUUUGUCGAGCGCUUAGACCUUAUCACCUGGCUCGAAGGCGCCUCCGAUGAGAGUGAAUAUAUCAAACCCUUAGAGGGUGCAGCCGCUGCCGCUGCCUCCGCGGUGGAUCAGGCUCAGGCCUCAGCUAAUAUUGCUUCUGGUGCUGCUGGAGGUGUUUCUGCAGUCCCAAGCGGCGCGCCUAGUACCACUGCGCCCUCGGGGGGUGCUCAGCAAGGAAAGACCGCGAAGGUUGUUGAUCCUAGGUUACAGGAAAUCUACAACGGUGAACGGAAGAUGGGUGAUCGGAAUAGUGUUCUACGGGGGAUCAAACCAACUGACUUCUCUCAUGUUCGCAAAACGGCCGAGACAUUCCUCGGUCGUAACCGCUCACGAACAGGUCAAUACCCCCCGGGCGCAAAGCCUGGAAGCAAGCCGCAGUCUAUCAUACCAGCGCCAUCUGCCGGCCUUCCUCAACCCCGGAAGGGCAGCUCCAAAACACAGGAUCCGAUCAUUCUACUUUCACCAUCGGCUUCGUCUCUCAUCCGCAUGUCAAAUGUACGGUCGUUCCUCCAAGAUGGUGUUUUUGUACCUCCCGACCACCCCACCCUCUCUAUGCCCAGUUCCAACAUUCUGUAUAUAUCUCGCCCACUGCGCAUCCUUUCUGACCCAUCCAACACAACAUCCCGUGCUGUCGGCUCCCAAAAUGCAACCAGAAAACCGACCCGGUUCAUCCUUGUCGACAGCACAGCCAAUUUCAGACCAGACUACUGGAAUCGACUCGUUGCCGUCUUCACAACCGGCCAAACCUGGCAAUUCAAGUCCUACAAGUGGUCCUCCCCGCCAGAACUCUUCAAGCACGCAUCCGGCAUCCACGUCGGCUGGCGCGGCGAAGGGGUCCCGCGCGAAGUCCGCGGUUGGGGCCGUGGCGUUCAAAGCUUCUCUGUCGAGCGAUGGGACGAAAAGGGCGGCGUUAACGGUGCAGGACGGUGGCGAGAUCGCGAAGUAGUCGAGGGCAUCUGGACUGUGAUCGAAGAAGGCAUGAAACAAAGAGGCUGGGGCAACAAAUGAUCUCCGAUUCUCCCUCCUCUUUCUAAACCAAACGUCAACUCCUUGAAUAGGUUCUCACCCGCAUCAAACACAUCCAUCCGGUUACUCAACUUUAGGUCAGAUGGCCCAGCCGCAUUCUCCCGAGGCUGGGUUGAACUAACUAUAACUCCAUUCCGUAAACACGGCAUAUAUGAACCAACGAAUGCUCUUGGGAUGGUUAUCGCAGAUGCACUGUCAUAACAGCGUCACGGCCUUUGUCGUCUCUACUCGCCUUCGAUAGUUUACAUUCGCCGUCUUUAUGCGUCAAAUCCAUGAAUUGGUCCGUCAUGUUUCUAUAGAAUCUACUCCCGUCUUAUUGUGUUCAUUUUGUUACUGGGCCUGUUUUUUU